UGAGGCCUUCUCUUACCCUCGAGCCUGUCCGUGGGCGUGGCUCCCGCCCGCCCGGGCGCUCCCCGGUGACCGAAGACGGUGAUCCGGGGUGGUGAGGGCGGCGGGCGCAGUCAUGCCCCGGUAUUAUGAGGACAAGCCGGAGGGCGGCGCGUGCGCGGGCGUGAAGGAGGACCUGGGCGCGUGUCUGCUGCAGUCGGCCUGUGUGCUCCAGGAAGGAAAAUCCCCACGGCAGUGUUUGAAGGAAGGAUACUGCAGAGCUUUGCAGUAUUCGUUUUUUGAGUGUAAAAGAUCAAUGUUGGAUACCAGAUCAAGAUUCAGAGGAAGAAAAGGAUAUUGAUAACAUGUUAAAAGCAAGAUGAAAAAUCACCCUGGAUUUUCUCUGGUCCUAAAAGGAAGCAGAGUAGCUGCUGCAUCUGCUUGACAUCUGAACCAGGUUUUCCCUCCAGAGAACACUAGAGAAAAUGAACAAAUGCUGUUUCUGAAUGAUUCUGUCAUGUGAAGUCAUUUAUAGAAGAUACAUUUGAUUGAACAAGUAUGGGCUAAGAAUUUAAUGUUAUGGGAAUUGCCUAAUGGAAAGAUUAUGUUCAAGGAUGACUCUUCAAUCAGAUUACACAGUGUGUGCAUCCAGGAGGCCAUAAUGUGACUAACACAAUUAGUAACACAGAACCUGUUGUUUCUUGGUUUCAAUUUAAUCCAGCCUUCUCCUCAUAGUGGGAUAAUUAAUGUCAGACAAAGUCCACAUCCUCAAGAUCUGUGUGGCCCAAAACAGAGUGUGGGCCCACAGAUCACACCCUACUAAAGCACUAUGGUUUUUUUCUGGAGCUUCUGCUCCAACCUUUGUAAUCUUGGCUAGAUACUGGUCUCAUGUACUGUACCUACUCCAUUCACAAUUUCAUUGGAUGAGUUAUGGGCCUCAUCCCUAAACACUGGGUUUGUAGCAAAUGAAACAACAGCUGUUCGCGCCAGAUAGCAAGUAUCAAAGACAGGAAGUGGCUGGACCGUUUAGAGUUAUGAUAAUUUAUUGUGAUCACUUAACACAGUAGAAAGCCAUCAGGAAACUACAUUUCCAGUUUGAGUUUUGGCAUUAAAGAGUUGUUAUUUCUCUAGCAUCGCGUAGUUCACUGGGGCUAAAGCAGUCAGGGAUUGUGUAGUUCACUUGCUGUUUUAAAAGUUCUGAAGCUGUGAGGAUGCCCCAGGAUAUUCCUGAGGCCUGCCCCAUGUACUGCCCUCCAUAGGAGUGGGAAAUGAUGCUCCCUUUAGUCCUGCUGUCUAUGUACCAAACUUGGUGUGUGUCUGCAGUGUGGAGAUCAUGCCUUCUACAUGCUAGGCAAGUGCUCUACAACUGAGCUACACUUCCCACAAGUGCUUCAAUUUUAAUUGAAAGUAAUCCUGAUUAGAAACUGUGAAAUACGUUUGUAUAAAAGCCUUUUUGUUUAGAGAUAGCUUUAUUUGGAGAAAUUCACAUGAUACAAAAUUGAACCUUCAAUUAUUAAUGUAUUCAUAGAGAAUGCAGCAGUCACCACUAUAAUUCCAGAAUCUCCAUCAGUUCUAGAAACUCACACUUUCACAGUCUGUCCUCAUUCCCUCUUUUCUUUCUGCCCUCAACCGCCAGUAGUGUGUGUGUUUCUAUGGGACUGUCUAUUUCAUGUUAGAUAAGUGGAGUUGUUUGGUGUGGUCCUUUCUGACUUCCAUUACCAAGUUUAACAGGUUUGUUCAUGUAGCGUCAGUCUGUAAUUCAACACUGCUAAAAUAGUAUUCCAUAGUAGACAUAGGCCUUGCUUCUUUAUCCAUGCAUCAGCUAAUGAGCUCUGAGCUGUUUCUGCUUUAGGGCUUUGGACUAAUGCUAUGAACAUCUGUGAAAAAGUUCAACACGUUUCGUUUAAUACUUGCCUUAGAGUGGAAUUGCAGGGUUGUAUGACAGCCUCGAUUUAUCAUUUUCUACAGUGGUUUUACCACCAUUUCAUACUCUUAAAGUAACUGGGUUCCACUGUUCACACUGCUGACAGCCUGUUAUGGGGAGGCAUUCAUUGGGAUCUUGGUUUGCAUUUCUCUAAUGUCUAAUCUGAGCAUGUUUCAUGUGUUCAUUGGCCAUCUGUAUGUUGCCUUUGCAGAAAUGUUUAUUUCAGUCUCCAGUUUGGCUUUCAAUUGGGUUAUCUUUUCAUUUCCCUGUAAGAGUGUUUUUUUUUGUUUGUUUGUUUGUUUUUUUAAUUGUAGAUACAAGUCCUUUAAAGAUAAUUGGCAUUAUUUUUUUUCUCAACUUGUGGUUUCUCUUUUCCAAUCUUUUGAUACUCUUUGAAGCACACUUUUUAUUUUUAUGUGUUGCCUUUAUGUGUUUUUGAGACUGGGUCUUAGCCCAGGCUGGCCUGGAACUUAUGAAGUUGAAUGAAGCCUUGAACUUGGAGCAAGCAGUUUGACUGCUUCACUUCCCAAAUGCUGAGUUGACAGGCACAAGCCACCAUGCUUGGUUUGAAGAAUAGUUUUAAUUGGGGUAAAUUACAUUUUUUUUUCUUUCAGUGUGCUCUAAGAAACCAUUCCUAACCCAAACUUACAGAAACUUAGUCCUUUAUCUUCAUUGAAGAGUUUUAUAAUUUUACCUCUUACCUGUAGGCCUGUGCUUGCUUUCAAAAUAAUUUUAUACACUUUUAUUUGAGCUAUAUUUCAAAUUACUAUUAUAAAUAACAAAACUUAGCAUCUUAGAGUAUAUAUAUAGGUCAGUAGUGUGGAGUGCAUUCACACUUCAGUGCCGUUAGUCUGCAGCAGAAUUCACCUUCAUUCACCUCACAAGAUGUAAAGUGUACAUCAAGUAACUUCCAGCCACUGUCAGGUCGUCCCUCCCUACCCUACCCUUGGCAUGCUCGCUCUAUAGUAAUCACCAUUGUUUCCUGUUUCUGAAUGUGAGUACCCUAAGUGCCUGGUAUGGAUGCAAUCUUAACAUGUGGGGUUUUUUUUCAGGGAUGGGAUGGGACUGACUUAUUUCAUGUAGCAAAAUACCGUCAAGGUUCAGCUAUUAUGUAUCAUGUAUUUCCUUUGUAAAGCCAAAUAGUAUUCUAGUGCAUGUGUGUCCUUUACCUUGUUAUCUAUUUACUCAGCUGUGGAUACCUCGGUGGUUUCCACCUUUGAGCUCCUGACUAUUGCUGUGAACAUGUAUAUAGAUAUCCCUGGGACCCCACUUUCAGUUUUAGUGUAUACCCAGCAGUCUGUGUGGUACAGUAAUUCUAUUUUGAUUUUGAGGCACUGAUAUACUUUCUGUAGCAGCCACACUAUUUUAUAUUCCUCUCAGUAGCACAUGAGGAUUAUUAUAACUGUCCCAUGGCCUUGUCAGUUUAGUUCCUAUUCUUUUUUAGUGGCCAUUCUAAUGUGUGGGAAGUCUAUCAGUGGCUCUGUUUGGCAUUUCCCUUAUUAAUGAAGUUACCUGUUUUAUAUGCUUGUCGGCCUUUAUAUAUUGCUUGAAGAAAUCUUUUUAGAUCCUUUGCCUAUUAAUAGUGGGUUGUUGACCCUGGUUGAGUUUUUGGUAGUCAUAUCCACAAAAGUACUACCCGACCCAGUGGAGCUAAUUAUAUAGAGCUUGCUUUGGGGGUUUUAGUUGUAGCUUUUAGCUUUGCCUUUUGAUUGACUUUGAGUUCAUCUUUGUGUGUGAUGUAAAUUAAGGGUUUGACUUUCCGUUCUUUGAAUGUAGAUAAUCUAGCUUUCCACAUUGCCCUUGGUGGGAAAACAUCCUGCCAUAUACGGUAGGGCUGUUUCUAAGCCCCAGUCUCUCUUUUGGCUUCUGUCUUCACGCCAAUGCCACUCUUGACUACUGGAAUAUUAUAAUAAAAUUUGAAAUCAGAA